CGUUAAUGUUGAAAUAGUCUGGUUCAUUGGAGUUUCCAUUGAUAAACAAAAAUCAGAAAAUUUCAUCUUUCUUAUCUUAAAAAAAAAAAAGGGAAACUGUUUAUCUUAUCUUGACCCCGCAGAGGAACCGUUUUCCAUCAAUCCGAUCCAGUAUCAGAGAAACAUUCAAAUCGUUAGCACCUUUUUCGGAAGCACAAUAAUGGCCCAAUUACGUUCGAUCGCUUUCAUUGGUCUCGCUUUGCUGAUGACCGGACUGUAUCUGUUCGAGCUAACCGAGGCCGGAACGACCGAAGACAUCUACGCCGAAAUGGCAACGUGCGCCUGCCCAUUGCUGUAUCAACCGGUCUGCGGAAGUGAUAAUGUAACCUACUCGAACGAUUGUGUCCUCAACUGUGCCAUCGCCACUCCGACUGGGAUCAAGAUUAGGCUUCAAAAAGCGCGCGGAGGUUCCUGUGAAAAUUCGGAAUUCUAAACUGGACGCGAAUGGAAUAAAAAUAUGUUUUGAUUAUUUCGUUUUAUA